ACAAACAAUCAAAUAGAGAUCAUUGUAAAUCAGUUGAUGAAUACUGUACUGAAGGUAAAGCUCUGUGGUCAGUAUCUGAUGAUGGACAAUUAAGAAUAUUUGACAUUAGAAAUAAAACAAUGAUCAGUAAUUAUGUUCAUAAUGAUCCUGCUCCUUUAAUGAGAGGAGUCACCAUUGAUAGUGAGGAUAAACUAAUCAUUGGAAAUGAAAAUGGAGAACUUAUACUACUGGACUUAAGACAUAUCAAGUCACCAUUAAAGACAAUAAGAUUAUCAUCAUCACCAAUAUGUUCACUGUGUUAUAAUAAUAAUAAAGUAUUAGUAGGACACAAGAAUGGGGUGUGCAUUAAUUGGAGUUAUAAUGAUGACACAUUACUCAAUGAUCAUAUAACUGGUACUGAUAUUGAUCCAAUAAGUUCAAUAGUGAGAAGACAUCAUGUGGCAUACACUAGUUCUAGGGAUGGACGUGUACGUAUGUAUGAGAACAUUUGAGUACUUAUUAUGACAGAAUUGUUCUCAUUGUACAAUAA